AGUUGUCGGCAUUUGACAUAACAGCAUCAAUGCGUCCUAAUCACGCUGCCCCAACGGAUGCAAACUUGAAUUUCAUCUCACUUGAGUAUCCUUACGAGGAACUGCGGCGGGCGACCAAUAACUUUUCUCAAGACAACGUCCUCGGUACUGGUACCUACGGAUGUGUUUACCGUGGCCAACUCAAAGACGGCACUGAGGUUGCAGUGAAGGUGCUGCAAGCCCCGAAGGAGUCAGGUUUCAAAGAGGAGGUUAAAGUUCUGUCUAAGUUCCGACACGCCAACUUAGUCAUCCUGAUGGGAUUCGCCCGGAACGGUCAUGAACGGUGUCUCGUCUACGAGCUUCUCUCUGGAGGUGAUGUAUCAAGUCGCCUACAACCUUCUGGUCACCCUUCGUUCAACUGGUAUCAGCGGCUCAACGUCGCCUUGGAUGCUGCCUUAGGACUAAGUCAUCUACACAAUGCAACACCGCGGGUCUUUCAUCGAGACAUCAAGACCCAGAACAUCCUCCUCGAUAGGAACGGCUCAGCCAAGGUUGCAGACUUCGGUCUUGCGUGUCUCGCCGAGCAUCGCUCACUGGGCCACUUCAAGGUCCAGCAGUGCUCAGGAACUAUCGGCUACGCUGAUCCAGCAUACAUCAACACCUCGGUGGUAACUGAGAAGACCGAAGUCUACAGCUUCGGCAUGGUAUUGAUUGAGCUCUUGACGGCUCGGCCCCCCGCAGUACAGGAUCCCUCAACGGGACAGAUACUUUACAACUUUCAGAAUGUGCAAGUAGAUGAUAGUGCUCGGGUGGCGAAUCAACUGGACCCGCGAGCUCAUUGGCCUCAGCAUUCAGCCAUCACUGGAGCUCUUAUUAUGCUUGCAUUGAGGUGCGUCGAUCAACGUGAGCCUAUAUCAGCAUCUAGGCCCCGCUUUGUGGACAUAGUCGCUGAGCUUCGUCAUAUAGUGCGUCAGGCUGAGCAGGUACGAGGGGGAGCUGCAAUAUCGACACCACCAUCCGCAGCACAGCGAUCGAGCUCUACUCGAUCGCCUACACCAGCUGAUGCACCGCAGUCUGAGGUUCGCCGCAGUAACAGUGUACAGAGACAGCGGCAGCCUCAAGACCCAGGCGUGGUGGUCUAUCGUCGUGAGGUCCCUGGAGAGAGGCGGGCGGGGUAUGUUCAGCCGCCGAGAGCAUUCGCGGGGGCGUCCUUGUCGCCGCAGUCACAGUACAGAAGGAUUCUUCCUCACAAUAGAUUUGAGGCCAGAGGUGGUUCGAUGGCUGCAAACGGUGGCACUUGCUCCAGUCAAGUUCCGGGCCAUAUAGUCUCUCGUGGAGGCGUUGCUGAUACUACUCCGUCGAGCAGUGCAUCGAGCACACCUAUACAGCAACACAAUAAGAUAAGUCCUGCAUCUAGUUCUCGCCGAGGAGAAUGCGGGGAGGCAGGAGUACGGAUGGCUCACGGCGCCUAUCAACAGCAAAGCACCGCUGAUAAGUCUGUCAAUGAUUCGGUGUCGUACCAUCGAAUGGAGCAUGUGACCAUACGUCCGCGGGCAUCGCCAGUAACCCAGCCGGCGACGCCACUGAGUGUUCCUGACCACUCCUUGGAGAAUAGUGCAUUCCAGUUCAACCAUAUGAUCACUGGGUACGAUAGAUCCAGUAUACAGAGCCAGACCAUACCGGAAGAGAGUUACUCGAACUCAUCAGACAUGGAUCCAGAGCUUGCAGCAGCGGUUGCUCUGUCCAAACUCGAGUCGCGUGACGGCAAUCGGUUCUAUGAUGAGGACCCGAUUAGCAUAGAGAGUCUCAAUCGACUGACGGACCGGGAUAACAAGGCGAAGAUUGAGCAAGUUUGCCGUGAGUUUGGCUGGCCUCACGAGCAAGUUGCCCAGGCUUUCAGAGUCAGAGGAACUGUAGACGCUGCUGUUGAGUACAUUCUAGAGAAGGCAUCAACGGCUGACAGUGUUGACAGAGCCCACCAGGCGAGCAGGAUUCGCAGAUGAGGAAUGUCCUACUCAAUGAAGGCAGUCUUAUGUGCAAGGCCGAGUAAUAGAGGAGAAUCCUCAAGAUAAUUAGCAGUCUAGUUUCGUAUUGCCUUCACUUUGGAGUCUGUCAGUAAAAUACG